AUGGGCGACCCAGGACCAGCCUCGAUCCCUGCCACGCGACCUUGUCGCAUCGCCAACUGCUCCGGAGCGCGUGGUGAUCCAGGAUACCAGAUGCUGCGCCAGGCCACUUAUGGACCUGUAGACUUCAUCACGGGCGACUACCUGGCGGAGAUGAAUCUCGCAGAAAAUGCCCAGAAGAUGGCAGCCGGCAAGCAUGACGGCUGGGAACCGACUGCGUGGGAUGGCCUUGAGCAGACGCUCGAUGUGAUCAAAGACAAAGGAAUCAGGAUCAUCAUCAAUGGUGGAGCGCUCAACCCCAAAGGUUUGGCGAAGAAGACGCAGAAACUCGUCAAUGAGCGAGGCCUGAAUCUGAAGAUCGCCUAUGUCUAUGGCGACGACCUGAUGGAGGAAGUCAAGAGCAGCCUGGAGAAGACCGGGAAGCUGCCACAGCAUCUGGACGGAGAAAACGAGAAAGUCUCGCUGGCAGAACACGCCACGGACUUGUUGGACACCAAGGGGAAGCCUAUCGUCAGUGCAAACGCAUACCUUGGUGCACGCGCCAUUGUCAAAGGCCUCGAGCUGGGGGCAGAUGUCAUUAUCUGCGGAAGAGUGGCAGACGCAUCUCCAGUCAUAGGAGCAGCCUGGUUCUGGCACAAGUGGUCCGACACAGAUCAUGACCGUUUGGCGGGAGCAUUGGUGGCAGGACAUCUGAUCGAAUGCUCUGCAUACGCCACGGGGUCGAACUUCUCAGGAUUUGAUGAAUACCCCUUGGAAACAUUCGUGGACCUGUCUUAUGGGAUUGCAGAGAUCGCAGAUGAUGGUACCUCGAUCAUCACCAAGCACGAGGGGACCAAUGGCCUCGUCAACGAGGACAACGUCAAGUGUCAGUUUUUGUAUGAACUCCAGGGAGGCACUUACCUCAACUCAGAUGUCUCUGCCGACACGACGGACAUCAAAAUCACACAGGUCGGCAAGAAUAGAGUCAAGCUGUCCAACAUCAGAGGAUACCCACCGCCGCCAACCACCAAGCUGGCCAUCUUUUAUCACGGAGGCUACGAGGCGCAGCUGCUCACCAACGCAACCGGGUAUGCGACCGCCGAGAAAUGGAGGCUGUUCGAGACACAGAUGCGGCAUGCUCUCGAGCAGAAGGGCCUCAGUGACCAGUAUCAGCUGUUGGACUUCCAGAUCCUGGGCACUCCGGCGGCAAACCCACGAUCCCAGUUCUCCAGCACCACGUACUGCCGACUGUUCGUCCAAGCCGACACAGAAGCCGCGAUAUACGGGUUGGUGAAGGCGUGGAGUGAGAUCGCCAUGCAGCACUUCUCCGGGUUCCAUCUCUCGCUGGACUACCGAACCGCGCUUCCGCGAUCUUACCUCGCCUUCUACCCGGCCCUGUACCCGCAGAACGAUCUGAAAGAGGGCGUAGCAAUCCUGUCCGCGGACGGCGAAGACGCCCAGACCGCCGACGCCGGCCAUCCUCCCAAGUACCAAAAAUUGGCACCACGUGAAAACUACGAGACCGCACAUCCCGUCGACCUGGCCUCCUUUGGACCCACACGCAAAGCGCGUCUCGGAGACGUGACCCUCGCCCGCUCAGGCGAUAAAGGAGCGAAUAUCAACUUCGGCGUCUUCGUCCGUCGUGCCGAACACUACCCGUGGCUGCAGACCUUCAUGACCCGGUCGAAACUCCAAGAACUCAUGGGCGACGACUGGGAGGACGACUUCUUCAUCGAGAGGAUGGAGUUUCCCAACAUCUGGGCGGUGCAUUUUGUCAUUUACGGACCCCUGGGCCGUGGCGUGAGUAGCUGCCGCCUCCUGGACGCGCUGGGCAAGGGCUUUGCGGAUUACAUCAGGGAUAAGGUGGUGGAUGUUCCGGAAAAGUUCCUGGGAGAGGUCGAUGCCGUGAAGAGGGAAAGGAGAGCCAUGUUGUGA